GCGAGGAUAAAGCAAGAUGGCGUCUGACGGUGAAGACGUUAUUGCAGUCGUCACAGUUCAGUGUUCUUAAUCUGUGCGUCCAUGUACACAUAUAUGUCCUUUAUUACACUCUAUUAAAUAGAGUCAUAAUAACUGUUUGUAUAUUAGUCUGAGCGCACUUUGAUGCUUCUCGAGCUAGCUUAGCGUGCUAGUUAGCUUAGCUUGUUAGCUGCUAACAAAGAGAGAUGAAAAGACAUCGCUAAGCAGAGAUCAAGUGUGAGUGUAAAGUGUUGUGAUUGUGUGAAAAUGUGCGAAAGAACCAUAGCAGAGUACGAGGAGGAACUUUGUCCAACAAAAGAGGAGAAGGAGCGACAACAUGAAAAACAUCAAGUUGUGUUACACACAACAGACAUCCAUCAGCUGAUUGGACACCAAGAAGAAUGUCCCCCUCAUCUGCAGGGGGACAGUUUCACUUCAGAGGAUCCACAGCCCUCACACAUGAAAGAGGAAGAGGAGGGAGAGUGUGUUGUAGGGCAGGAGGAGGAUGAUGUCAGCAAGUUUCCACUGACUGUUGUCUCUGUGAAGACUGAAGAGCAUGAAGACAAAGCACCUGAGUCCUCACAGCUUCAUCACAGUCCAAACGUCAGAGGAGACGAGGAGAAGAGAGAGGCGGAGCCUCCAAGCAGCAGCUCAACACAACACAUGACAACAGAAGCUGAUGGAGACCACUGUGGAGGAUCACAAGCAGACAAGAUCUUAGCUCCACUAUCAGAUAGUGAGGACACAACGUCACACUCUCCUGACACUGAUGAUGAACACUCUAAAGAUGAUGCAACAUGUCACACUGACAACACUCACUUCAAAUGUUCUCACUGUGACAAAACUUUUAAUGUUCGUCGCAAUAUGACCGUACACAUGAGAACACACACUGCAGAAAAACCUUUUUCCUGCUCAGAAUGUGGUAAACGUUUUGCAGCAAGUCAAAGUUUAAAAGAACACAUGAGAAUACACACUCGAGAACAACCUUUUGCCUGCUCAGAAUGUGGUAAAAGUUUUGUAAUGAAUGAACAUUUAAAAGUACACAUGAGAAAACACACUGGAGAAAAACCUUUUUCAUGUUCAAUCUGUGGUAAAGAUUUUACUCGACAGCACCAUUUCAAAGCACACAUGACAAUACACACUGGAGAACAACCUUUUUCCUGCUCAGAAUGUGGUAAAAGCUUUGUAACAAAUCGAAAUUUAAAAGCACACAUGAGAACACACACUGGAGAAAAACCUUAUUCCUGCUCAGAAUGUGGUAAAAGUUUUGCAAAAAAUCGACGUUUAAAAGCACACAUGAGAACACACACUGGAGAAAAACCUGUGAAAGUGUGUAGUUGCAGUGUGUGUGGUGAAGGAUUCUCUUCUAAGUACCAGUGUAAGAAACACAAGUGUGCUGGUGAGAACAGCAGCAGCAAAUGAAGAUGCAGGAUUUGAAAUAAACUGUCUAAACUUUAACUUUGACUUUCUAGCAACAUCAGCACAUAUAACAUGUGUGACAUCGUUGUUGUGUGUGUAACACAAUCUUGUUAAUAUGAUUCUAACAUUUAUAGAUUAGACACUUCAGAUUAGUGCUUUUAUUUCAGUCAAGUACAUGAGUUAAUAUACACAUUUGUGUUCUUUAAAAUGAACAGAACAAUUGGACUGAAAAGGUGAGAAUAAACAGUACAUAAAAUAUGUUACAUACAAUAAA